GCCAUGGCGGGGGCUCCGCCCGCGGCGCCGCGGGGAUUCCUCGGGGAGGGGCCUCCUCCGGCCGCCACGGACGAGCCGCUGCUGGCCCCGCCCCUAUAUAAGGGGCGGCCUCGGCGCGGCCCCGACGGCGGCUGUCGCGUCUCCCGCACCGAGCUACGUUCGGGCACCAUGGCAGACCAGUCUUUUGUGACUCUAGCCACAAAUGACUCCUAUGUGAAAGGAGCACUGGUACUUGGUUCAUCCUUGCAACAGCAUAGAACGACAAGGAAGCUGACUGCACUCAUAACUCCUCAGGUGUCAGAUCUUAUGAGGAGAGUGCUGGAAAAAGUCUUUGAUGAAGUCAUAUUGGUAAAUGUCUUGGACAGUGGGGAUUCAGCACACUUGGCGUUAAUGAAAAGACCUGAGUUGGGCAUCACACUUACAAAGCUUCACUGCUGGGAACUGACACAGUUUUCAAAAUGUGUUUUCAUGGAUGCAGACACAAUGGUUUUGUCAAAUAUAGAUGAGCUUUUUGAGAGAGAAGAGCUAUCUGCAGCACCAGAUCCAGGCUGGCCUGACUGUUUUAAUUCAGGAGUUUUUGUUUACCGACCUUCCACUGAAACAUACAGGCAGCUGUUACAGUUUGCCACAGAGAAAGGCAGCUUUGAUGGUGCAGAUCAGGGGUUAUUAAACACCUUCUUCAGCAGCUGGGCAACAACAGACAUGAGCAAACAUCUACCGUUUAUUUAUAAUUUGAGCAGCACUUCUGUAUAUUCCUACCUUCCAGCAUUUAAAGCGUUUGGUGCAAAUACUAAGGUGGUGCAUUUCCUGGGAAGCACAAAGCCAUGGAACUAUACGUAUGACUCCAGAACAAAAAGCAUAAAGGGCAACAUGGAUGACCCUAAAAUAGUUCACCCAGAAUUCCUCAACAUGUGGUGGGAUACCUACAUAGCUGAUGUUUUACCAUUACUAGAACAGCAUGGAAUUGUUAAAGAAAUUACUACAGGGGUAAAUAUGCUAUCGGGCUUGGUCUAUACUCUGGCUUUCUCUUGUGGCUUCUGUAGAGAGGCAGAAGUUACAGAGGCAGUGUCCCACGUAUCAGUAUCACCACUAUUACCAACUGAAUCUUCAGAAGAACGCAAGGAACGGUGGGAACAGGGCCAAGCUGACUAUAUGGGAGUGGAUUCCUUUGACAACAUCAAGAAGAAACUUGACACCUACCUUCAGUAGAAGUGCCUGUCUCAAACAGUGGUGAUGCAAGGACUUGCUCCAGAACUAACAGCUAGAAAGGUAUAGAUGGUGGUCAGUUACACUUGCUAGUAGCUUGAGGAAAAACUUCUUGGCUGAAGGUCUCUGCAGUGCUACAGAUGAAGACUGAGCAAAAGCUAGGAAGCAGAAUCCUUGGGCCACCUAUUACUGCCCUAUUUCCAAUUCUCCAUACUAGAUAAAACCAGGCAUUUUCAGCUUAAAAUUUCUUCUGUUUUGAUCAAUUCGCUCAACAUAUUCUUUAAACUGGGUUUGUUACCUCACCUCAUUAGGUGAUUAGCAUUGAUUCCUUUGCUUGCUGUUUUAGAUGUAAAAUCUAAUUCAUGGGAUUGCUCAUACACUGGAGUGGUAGCCAUUCUGCUUUACCAUAAAUGUAUUAAUGACACUGGGAAACAUACAGUUGUAACAGUAAUAGCACUGCUUUGCUCUUCCAGUCACAAUUGCACUGAAAUUUUGACCAGGUUCUUACGCACAGUGCCUGCAGCAUGGCAGAAUGCGUUUUUCAGUUCUGUAUACUAUGGGACUAGUAAACUGAGUUUUAUCUGUUCCUUGCAAUGUUGCACUUGAUACAAAAAUAAAAAGUUGUCAUGCA